GGGACGGCCAUUUCGCGCCCUUUGCGGCGGGGCGGCGGCGGGCGCAGGGAUCUGCGUGCUGUGCCAGCGCUGCAGGCCGGAGCUGCGGUAGAGACCUCGAAGGAUGCUGAGCUGCGACUUGGCAAACUGAAACAUGACUGAUAGAGAUGAGCCCCAGGCUUCUGGCUCUGAUUACCCUGAUGCCCAAGAGCUGAUCAGCCACCAGCAGGAGGAGCCAUCUCAGGUGUGCUCAUGGCAAAGGAAAACAGGAACACAGCCGUCAAGGCAGAAGGUGGCUGCUCCUGGGGAGUCUUCAGAUCAUCCUAACAGCAUGUGUAAAUCAUCAGCUGCUUCAACUGAGGUUUUACUGAUCAGCAGUGAUUCAGAAAGUGAUGUCUCUGCUGCUCGUCCUGAGUGCUCCGUUGCACCUUCAAAGCAGAAAAGGCCAUCUCAAUCUUCAAGGCAACAAGCAGAAUCUGGUACAGAAGUACCUGACAAUGAAAGCUCCUCAGACUCUUCACUGUCUCCCCAAAGUCCAGGGAACUCAUUAGAAACUCCCAAGCAGCAGAAAUCAAAAUUCAAUUUGAAGGCCAUUUUUGCCUAUCACUUCAGGGGAAGGAAGUUCAAAGCAGCCGCACAUCGAAAAUACGAAGUACAGGCACGUAAGAGCAAGAAGAAAAAGUAUGAGAGCACACAGAUGCCCACAGGGAGGCCCCCACUGACAGCCUCGCCUCAGGAACAAAAGAGGAGGCUUCUAGACAGAGGUUUUCAAUUCCCUUUUGUUGAAAAACAUUAUGGGGAGAAACAUAUUCCCUUAAAGAUGGUUCUUGGCUAUGAGCAAGCAGCUGCAAAGGGAUUUUUCAAGUAUAUUGAAGUGCUUAAAUAUGAAGAACAUCUUAAAAAAGCUUUAAGAGCCCUUCAGGCCAGUGAUGACUUAGAAAAAGAGUGUAUGGUGUUACGGAAACACAAAUACUUGGAUGAUGAAGGUCCCAUUUCCCCUAUUCAGGAGACAGAUGAUGAUGAGGACAGCUUGAAUUCUGAUACUCAGGAGCACCUUGAUGCCAGAGUAGUGGAGAACAGCUCUUUCAUUCUAAGCAGCACAAUUCCCAAAAAAAAAAAGUCAAAGCUACGAAGAAAACAUGCCAAACCACCUGAAGUGAUUGAAAUAGUGGAUGAAGAAGAGGGUGCUGAAGAGAACUCUGUUCCUCUGCAAGGCUCACCCUGGUAAACAGCAGAUGGACCAAUGAAAUGGCAGUGGUCGUUCCUCAGAUACCUUUUCAUGGGCCUGUUUGGUUUAAAGCAUUGGUCUGGAGUCAGUGUUCAGUUCUCCUCCCAGCUGCCCAGGCACAUUUGGCUUACUUGUAUGUUGUUUUGGAACCUCUUGGUUUUCUUGCUGCAUAAGAUGAGCACACUCACACUGCAGCAGCAGUUGUAAUUAUUUGGGGAUCUCUGGAAUUCUUAUGGCUGUUUGCUGACCUGAUUCACAAAUCCGUUACUUCAGUGAACACCUGUGCAGCAUGGUAGCAAAAGAGGGCAUCCCUGUGAUGUGUGGAACAGAUUGGAAAGCCUCUACUUGGGUGAAGUGCACCUGAUGUCCAGUCUGAACUAUUGUCUUGGUACUUAAAGACUAAGCACAGAAGAAAGAAAUGCAGGCUGCCAUUUCACAGAAGUCUGAAGCUGCUUCAAGGGUGCUUGAGGAUACAGAAUGAAUUGCCCUGAGUUAAAAAGAUGGAAGCAAUUUGACAGGGUCUGCCACCAAGUUGCUGCUGCGUGUCAGAGGGAUGAGUAACACCACGUGGGAGCUGCCAAAGUGAGUGUGAAGAUCCUGCUGAUGUUGCUGCAAACCUGCUCCAAAGAACUGCACAGCUGUUCCAAACAAAGAACCUUCUCUAGAGUGUUCAUUGCAGUUUUUUGAAUUAAACAUUCAUUUCAAUUUGC